UUAACCGUUUGUCAUUAUUCAGUCAGUAUGGAGCUCAGUCAACUUCCUCUUGUGCUCUUGCUGAUUUCAAACAUCCACUCUGGACACACUGAAGAAAGACUAAAACCCAAAGUGACCAUUAAACCUGAUCAACAUGUAUUCAGAGGAGACUCAGUCACUCUCAGAUGUGACAUUGAUCCUGAAGGAGUCACUAGCUGGAGGUACUACUGGUAUAAAGGAGGUUCAUUCAGAUUUACCAGUGAACUACAGGAACUCACAUUCAGUUCUGUUUCUGAGUCUGACGCUGGUAAAUACUCCUGUUAUGGAACAGAGAUUGAAGGAUCACGCUGGUCACAACUCAGUGAUGAAGUUACACUGACAGUAUCAGAAAGACCAAAACCCAAAGUGACCAUUAAACCUGAUCAACAUGUAUUCAGAGGAGAGACAGUCACUCUCAGAUGUGACAUUGAUGAAGGAGUCACUAGCUGGAGGUACAACUGGGAUAAAGAAGGUUCAACCAGUGUUUUCAGUGAACUACAGGAACUCAUAUUCAGGUCUGUUUCUGAGUCUGACGCUGGUGAAUACUCCUGUUAUGGAAGAGAGGCUGAAGGAUCACGACGCACAUCACGCCGCAGUAAUGAAGUUACACUGACAGUAUCAGAAAGAAAACCCAACCCAAAACCCAAAGUGUCCAUUAAACCUGAUCAACAUGUAUUCAGAGGAGAGACAGUCACUCUCAGAUGUGACAUUGAUGAAGGAGUCACUAGCUGGAGGUACAACUGGUACAAAGGAGGUUCAUUCAUGAAUACCAAUGAACUACAGGAACUCACAUUCAGUUCUGUUUCUGAGUCUGACGCUGGUAAAUACUUCUGUUAUGGAACAGAGAGAGGAGGAUCACGCUGGUCACACCGCAGUGAUGAAGUUACACUGACAGUAUCAGAUCCCAGAGCAGUUUUAAGUGUUUCUCCUCAGAAGUGGUUGACUGAAGGAGAUCCAGUGACUCUGAUCUGUGAGGUUAACGGCUCCUCUACAGGCUGGACAUUCAGCUGGUUCACUCAAACUGUUAUAUCAGACGUCAGUGAUCUCUAUGAGCUCCUCUCAGACAGCAGCAGAGGAUCUGGAGGAAAAUACACUGUCAGUUCUGCUGCUCUAAACCACACAGGAGUUUAUGUAUGUAGAGCAGAGAGAGGAAAACCAGCCUAUAAAACACCAUACAGCAACACACAACCACUGUGGGUCACUGGUGUUUCUCCUCCAGUGUCUCUGAUCAUCAGUCCCAGCAGAUCUCAGCACUUCACAUUUGUCUCUCUCUCUCUGAGCUGUGAGAACAAGAGUAACUCUGAUGGAUGGACAGUCAGAAGAUACACAGACAGUGGGGGGCUGGAAGAUUGUUCAUCAUCAGUGUUUGGAUCACAAACAGAAUCUACAUGUAAAAUCAGAUCCACUGCCCUAUCAGACACUGGAGUGUACUGGUGUCAGUCUGAAUCUGGAGCGAAGUCUCAUCCUGUUAAUAUCUCUGUACACUCUGGUGUGGUUCUGGAGAGUCCUGUUCAUCCUGUGACUGAAAGAGAUACUCUGACUCUACACUGUUUAUAUAAACAUACAAACCCAUCAAACCUCAGAGCUGAUUUCUAUAAAGAUGGAUCACUCAUCCAGAGUCAAACUACAGAGAUGAUCAUCCCUACUGUCUCAAAGUCACAUGAGGGUUUCUACUACUGCAAACACCCAAAGAGAGGAGAGUCGCCCAAGAGCUGGAUCUCAGUCAGAGAUCCCAGAGCAGUUUUAAGUGUUUCUCCUCAGAAGUGGUUGACUGAAGGAGAUCCAGUGACUCUGAUCUGUGAGGUUAACGGCUCCUCUACAGGCUGGACAUUCAGCUGGUUCACUCAAACUGAAACUGGCUCAUCAGACAUCAGCAAUCGCUAUAAGCUCCUCUCAGACAGCAGCAGAGGAUCUGGAGGAAAAUACACUGUCAGUUCUGCUGCUCUAAACCACACAGGAGUUUAUGUGUGUAGAGCAGAGAGAGGAAAACCAGCCUAUAAAACACCAUACAGCAACACACAACCACUGUGGGUCACUGGUGUUUCUCCUCCAGUCUCUCUGAUCAUCAGUCCCAGCAGAACUCAACACUUCACAUUUGUCUCUCUCUCUCUGAGCUGUGAGAACAAGAGUAACUCUGAUGGAUGGACAGUCAGAAGAUACACAGACAGUCGGGGGCUGGAAGAUUGUUCAUCAUCAGUGUUUGGAUCACAAACAGGAUCUACAUGUAAAAUCAGCUCCACCAUCACAUCAGACACUGGAGUGUACUGGUGUCAGUCUGAAUCUGGAGAGAAAUAUCAUCCUGUUAAUAUCUCUGUGCACUCUGGUGUGGUUCUGGAGAGUCCUGUUCAUCCUGUGACUGAAGGAGAUAUUCUGACUCUACACUGUUUAUAUCAACAUACAAACCCAUCAAACCUCAGAGCUGAUUUCUAUAAAGAUGGAUCACUCAUCCAGAGUCAAACUACAGAGAUGAUCAUCCCUACUGUCUCAAAGUCACAUGAGGGUUUCUACUACUGCAAACACCCAACGAGAGGAGAGUCGCCCAAGAGCUGGAUCUCAGUCAGAGAUCCCAGAGCAGUUUUAAGUGUUUCUCCUCAGAAGUGGUUGACUGAAGGAGAUCCAGUGACUCUGAUCUGUGAGGUUAACAGCUCCUCUACAGGCUGGACAUUCAGCUGGUUUACUCAAACUGUAACUGGCUCAUCAGACCUCAGAGUUCAUUAUGAGCUGCUUUCAGACAGCAGCAGAGGAGCUGGAGGAAAAUACACUGUCAGUUCUGCUGCUCUAAACCACACAGGAGUUUAUGUGUGCAGAGCAGAGAGAGAAAAUUACACAACAAACAGCAACACACAACUACUGUGGGUCACUGGUGUUUCUCCUCCAGUGUCUCUGAUCAUCAGUCCCAGCAGAACUCAACACUUCACAUCUGUCUCUCUCUCUCUGAGCUGUGAGAACAAGAGUAACUCUGAUGGAUGGACAGUCAGAAGAUACACAGACCGUGGGGGGCUGGAAGAUUGUUCAUCAUCAGUGUUUGGAUCACAAACAGGAUCUACAUGUAAAAUCAGCUCCACCAGAAUAUCACACACUGGAGUGUACUGGUGUCAGUCUGAAUCUGGAGCAAAGUCUCAUCCUGUUAAUAUCUCUGUACACUCUGGUGUGAUUCUGGAGAGUCCUGUUCAUCCUGUGACUGAAGGAGAUAAUCUGACUCUACACUGUUUAUAUCAAAAUAAAACCCUAUCAAACCUCAGAGCUGAUUUCUAUAAAGAUGGAUCACUCAUCCAGAAUCAAACUACAGAGAUGAUCAUCCCUACUGUCUCAAAGUCACAUGAGGGUUUCUACUACUGCAAACACCCAGAGAUAGGAGAGUCGCCCAAGAGCUGGAUUUCAGUCAGAGCCUCAGGAUCUAAUGGUCUCUGUCUUGUGAUAAUUGGAGUGACUGCAGGACUGACAGUUGUUUUUUUUAUCAUUGUCUUCUUGGUCCUGCUGUGGCGCUACAGAAACAACAAAGGUGGAAGAUCUGAGUCUCCCUCUGCUGUCAGUCAACAGCAGAACAUCAGUCAGACAUCAGAGCAGAACCAGAGUGAAGACGGAUACAAGACACUGCUGUCUGGAACUGCACACGUCUAUGACUCAGUUGACACAACUAUUAAUAGAGACAGAAGCACAGACGGUGAAAGUGGACCGACUGAGAUCACAUAUGCUGAGAUUGAAAUGAAAUCUACAAACAAACAGAAGAAAGAGAAAGAAAACAAAGUCAAAAACACUGAGAGUUGUGACGGCCUGUACUCUGAACUGAAGCUGGAAACAGAUCAAGGUGCUGGAUCUAGUGAUGUGACGUAUGCUCAGGUUAAAUAAAGAUGCCUGGAGUAGAAACUUCAAUCCCAGGAUGCUGAUGAGUUUACUGCAGGUUGAGAAGUGAUGAAGAAUGACCUGAUCAUCGGUCCUCUAUCAUCUUUGUGAUACUGAUCACUUGAAGGCAAUAGAUUUACCAGAACUCACUGUAAAAUUAGCAAUCCUUCAUGUGCUUCAGAGACAAUGUUAUUCUUUGAAAAGCAAUGAGCUUUUAUUAGAAAUUAUUAGCCUUUAUUAUUCAUUAGGAAAAAGCCAUUAUUGUUUAGUACUGCAAAGUGUGUAUUUAUGUUGGUUAAUAUCAGCAGCAAGUUUCCUCCUCUUUUUUUUAUUUCUGUCUUCUUGAUUUUAAAUGUAUUUGUAUGGGUUCCUAUGGUCAUGGAAAAAUCACAGAAUGUUAAAAUUGUGAUUUCCUGGUCUGGAAAAGUCUUUAAACGUAAAGUUUCUUUACAUCUUUAAACGUAAAUCUAUAUAGCCUAGUGAAAAUACUUUUUUUUUUUUUUUUCUUUUGUAGCUAUGCUCAAAAUAUUCCAUUCUAGAAAUAGCUCUUUGUGCAGUCUUAAAAACCUUAUCCAGCAAUCACAAACAAAUGAGGGGGAAAAAAACACAUUGUAAAGCCAUAGAAAUACAUUAAUCACAUUAUGAUUAUUAGCUCAUUGUUAUAGCUUUCUUGUUUGUCGUGUGCUAUUUGGUUUUUUGUUUGUUUUUUUUAGGUUUAACUGUAUUAGAAAUUUGUUCUCAUUUUAAUAUACACUGCUGUUCAAGUUUGGGGUAAGUAAGAUUUUUAUUUAUUAUUAUGAAUAUUAUUAUUUAAUUUUUUAAAAGAUACUUUAUUUAGCAAGAUACUUUAAUCACACAAUGAUUAAAAAGGACAUUUGCAAAGAUUUUUAUUUCAAAUAAAGUGUACUUCCUAUUGCUCAAAAAAUCCUGGGAAAAAAAUGUAUGUUUCCACAAAAAUAUUAAGCAGCAAAACAUUGAAAAUAAGAUGAAAUGUUUCUCAAAUCAGCGUAUUAAAAUGAUUUCUGAAGGAUCAUGUGACACUGAAGAUACCAAAAGACUUGAUGGUGGUUUCGAUAAAAAAUAUAUUAAAAUAGUAUAUUAAAAGAGUCUUCAGUGUCACAUGAUCCUUCAGAAACCAUUGUAAUAUGCUAAAAAUUCAGCUUUGCCAUCACUGGAAUAAAUUACAUUUUAAAAUAUAUUGAAAUAGAUUUUAAAUAGUAAUAAUAUUUCUCAUUACAGCUUUUAAUGUAGGCUAUUUUUGAAAAUACAUUUAAAAAUGUUUGAAAAAAAAUCUUACCAACCCCAAUUUUACUUUGUAAAUAUUCUUAUACAGCCUAUUCAUUAAUACAUAAUAUUCCUUGCAAGGAUGCAGCAGGAGCCUGAAGACUUAUAGAAAGACUUGUAGAAACGACAUGGUGUUAACUGUUGAACAAACAACAUCUCUGAACAGAUCGAACGAACGAAUGUAAACAAACAUAUUUACUUCCAUGUUAAAUACAUGUAUAAAUACAUUAUUUUGUCUUGAAAACUUCACAAUAAAUACGGAAAGAAAGGAUAA